AUGGUUGAUUAUAGUAAAUGGGACGCCUUGGAGCUCAGCGACGACUCCGAUAUCGAGGUGCACCCAAAUGUCGACAAACGGUCCUUUAUACGGGCGAAGCAAAGCCAGAUACACAUGGAGCGGGAGCAACGAAAGCGGCAGAUACAGGCCCUCAAAUAUGAGCAUGUUAUCAAUGAUACCCUAAUUCAACGUCUCCGCGUCCUGACCUCGGCCCUGCAAUCCCGACAUGCCGGCUCUGCCCAAGUCAAUAUGAACCCGGCCGACAUUGCAUUCCAAGUUAUGAUGCAGUUGGCGGCGACCAAACCUGAGGAAGAUAGUCCCCCGCCGCGACCAGAAGGCAUAUUCGACUCGCCAUCUCUUCCAACUUAUUCAAAGAUGCUCGCGAGCCUUUUAGACGACGUGAACAAGACUCUAGAUGAGAGAGGAAUAGAAAAGGAACAGCGUCAUGAUGCCUUUGCUCAGGGACUUAAUGUACAUGUCCAGAAAAUCCAAGACCUUCAGACAGAACUCGUCAAGAAGCUCGAUGCGCUUGAGCAACAGGAUUCCAAGAAAAUCACUAGUGAAGGCUACCACGUCGGGUUCGACAGCUCGCACGUCAGUAAGACCAAACCCGGAGAGACAUCGAAACAGGAGACCAAAAUGGAACUGCUGAACCCGAACUACAGCCCGGAUGAGACCAAGCUGGACUCUCACAAGAACGCUACCACCGACGACUCUGAAGACCCUGAUAGUGAGCAAAAGACCCGCGCAUCUCCAGCAGCCAAGAUCUUCGCCCAAAUCCCAGCAUCCGACUACCGCGCCAGCCGCGACUAUCUCCAUUCACACCCAGAAAUCCUGCAGCAAGAAUCAGAAAUCGACGGGCUCCUCAUCGAAGCCUAUUACGCGAUGCUGAACCAAAACGACGAGAAGCAGGCCCGCCAGUACGUACACCAAGCCACACUACUAGAAUCCUGCCGCAUGCUCGGGCGCGACGGCGCCGCACUGUUCUUCAAACGCGUCACGACGCCAGGCCACCAGGCGCGCGAGCUGUUUGAAAAGAACGUGGCCGAGAGGUUCCAGCAAACCCGCGCCAUGGCCAGGCGGGACUCCAAGCAGCAGAAGAAGGAGGAUGAGGGUGUUGAGCAGGUGCAGUUGUAUCCGUCAGGCGAGGGCGGUUCGAUCCGGAUUCGGGUUCCACCGGCUGGGGGUGAGGAUGAGGAGGUGAGAAAGGCGAGGGAGGUUUUUGAGCAGUUCUCUCCGGAGAUGAGAGCAGCGCUGGAGAGUGGGUCGUUGGAAGAGGUUAAUAAGGUCUUGGGUGAGAUGGCUGUUUCGGAAGCUGAGAAGACGGCGACCCUUCUUGAUGAGGCCGGCUGUCUGAGCAUUGAAAACGAGAUCAUCGAUGCCACAACGGAAGAAGGAAAGAGGUAUCUAUGGGAGAUGGGGGGGGCUGAUGGGGACAGAUUGUAA